AUGUCUGUUUCGCUAGUUAUUGGUGCUAAGGCACCAGUUGUCGCUUAUCCAGAGUUGAUUGCAGCUCGUUUGGUUAAUGCUUCUCAUCAAAACGCCAUUGAUAUCUCUUUUGUUGAGGAUAAGAAAGCCCCAGCUGCCUCUUUCCAAGGCAAAACUGAAAAUGUUUUAGCCGAGAUUGCUGCUGCAUAUCCAGAAGUGUUGAAGAAUGUGGCUGGUUUCGAAGAAUGGGUCGAAUUUGGUGCCAACCAGCUUGUAAUUAAGAACUUCCAACAACUUGCCUCAUCACUUGAAAAGUUGGACGCCCACUUAAAUUUGAGAACCUACAUUUUGAACACUGUUGAACUAACUUUGGCUGAUAUUGCUGUCUGGGGUUACUUGAGAUCAAACGGUAUGGUGGGCUCUAUCAUCAAGAAUAAAGUCUACAUCAAUGUUUCUCGUUGGUACUCAACCUUGGAAUCCAUCCCAGAGUUUGGCCAAGCUCAUGAAUUUUUGACCAAAUCUUUGCAAGAAAUGAAGAAAGCUGCUAAUGUAAACAAGAAGAAAGAAACACACAAGGCCAACUUUGAAAUCGAUUUACCUGAUGCCAAGAUUGGCGAAGUCGUUACGCGUUUCCCACCUGAACCAUCUGGAUACCUACACAUCGGACAUGCCAAGGCUGCUUUGUUGAAUCAAUACUUCGCUCAAGCUUACAAAGGUAAAUUGAUUAUUAGAUUUGAUGACACAAAUCCUUCGAAAGAAAAGGAAGAAUUCCAGGACUCUAUUUUAGAGGAUUUGGAAUUAUUGGGCAUCAAGGGUGACAGAAUUACUUACUCUUCUGACUACUUCCAAGAAAUGUAUGAUUACUGUGUUCAAAUGAUCAAGGAUGGUAAGGCAUAUUGUGAUGAUACUCCAACCGAAAGAAUGAGAGAGGAACGUUCUGAAGGUAUUCCAUCUUGCAGAAGAGAAAGAUCAGUUGAAGAAAACUUGAAGAUUUUCACGGAAGAAAUGAAGAACGGAACCGAAGAAGGCUUGAAGAACUGUGUUCGUGCUAAGAUCGACUAUCAAGCUUUAAACAAGGCUCUAAGAGAUCCAGUUAUUUACAGAUGCAACUUGACUCCUCACCAUAGAACUGGAACUGCUUGGAAGAUUUAUCCAACUUAUGAUUUCUGUGUUCCUAUUGUCGACUCUUUGGAAGGUGUUACCCAUGCAUUGCGUACAAUUGAGUACAGAGACCGUAACCCACAAUACGAGUGGAUGCUAAACGCUCUUAACCUAAGAAAGGUCCAUAUCUGGGAUUUCGCUCGUGUUAACUUCGUCAGAACCUUGCUAUCAAAGAGAAAGUUGCAAUGGUUGGUUGACAAGGAUAUUGUUUCCAACUGGGACGAUCCAAGAUUCCCAACUGUAAGAGGUGUAAGAAGAAGAGGUAUGACUAUUGAGGGCCUAAGAAACUUUGUUUUGUCUCAAGGUCCAUCUAGAAAUGUUAUCAAUUUAGAAUGGAACCUCAUUUGGUCUUUUAACAAGAAGGUUAUUGACCCAAUCGCUCCAAGACACACUGCUAUUGUUUCACCAGUUAAGUUGCACUUGGAAGGUAGCGAAGUUCCUCAAACUCCAAAAAUUGAAAUGAAAUUGAAACAUAAGAAGAAUCCAGAUGUUGGUGAAAAGAAGGUUAUAUAUUACAAGGAUAUUCUCAUCGACGAAGAAGACGCUAAGUUGCUUUCUGAAGGGGAAGAAGUUACUUUGAUGGACUGGGGUAAUGCUAUUAUUACAAAGAAAAAUGAAGAUGGAUCUUUGGUUGCAAAGCUACACUUGGAAGGUGAUUUCAAAAAGACCAAAUUUAAGUUAACCUGGUUAGCCGAUACCGAUGAUAAGGUCGAAGCUGAUCUUGUCGACUUUGACCACUUGAUUUCCAAAGACAAGUUGGAAGAAGGUGACAACUUUGAGGAUUUCUUGACUCCAAAGACCGAAUUUCACACCAGGGCUAUUGCCGACUUGAAUGUCAAGGAUAUGAAGGUUGGUGAUAUUAUUCAAUUUGAAAGAAAGGGUUACUACAGAUUGGAUUCCUUACCAAAGGAUGGAAAGCCUUACGUAUUCUUCACCAUUCCAGAUGGUAAGUCUGUUAACAAAUAUGGUGCUAAGAAAUAA